CUAUAGGUUCACCAUCUUUAUUUCAUUCCCUCUGAAAAUUCUCGCAAAAGUCGACUUCUGAUGCCUCAUGUGGCAAGACUGACUUAAUCUUACUUUAGAUCAUAACAUAUCUUUGUAAUUUUCUCAUCAUCUUUGCGAAUUUGAUCCAAUUUGUUAAAAUGUUGCUUAUAUUGCAGAAUUAGCAUCAAAAUGGUGAAGAAUUCCUCUUAAUUUACCUCUGUUGAUGUGGGUUUUUUGCCACGAUAAUCAUUUCAGAUCUGAGUAUGACUCCAUUUGGACAUUUAUCAAGGCUGUUGUUUGUCUAUGUUGGAACAACUGUGCUGAAGGGACAAACUGAAGUUCACGGAACACCUCAGUGAAUGUGGCUCAUACAUCUGUGAGUGUGCAUCAUUCUGAUUAACUUCAUUCACCAUUUCUUCCCCCAACAAGCCCCUCCAAUAGCGUGUCUGUGACCUUCCAAUACCCUUCUUUUCUCCUCAACCCAAAACCAGCAGCAAUGGAGGGCAGUAUACUUGAUUCCCUUGGCACAGAACUAAUCGGGGUAAUGUCACCAGUUUCAAUUUGUAUGCUCUUAGUUGUCCUAUUAGUCUCCAUUCUCUCUCCUUCCUCUUCUUUCCCAUCUUCCCCUUCUACCCCUAUCAUCACUGCAGCCAAUCUCGUCUACUCAGAAAAUCCAUCUGAUUCCACAACCCAAAAACUUGAAGGCGCUCUUCUAAACGCUGCUGUUUUUAUUGUCCUCAUUUCAGUAGUCACCUUUGUCCUUGUCCUCCUUUACUACUACAACUUCACCAACUUUCUCAAACACUAUAUGCGCCUAUCAGCUUUCCUCAUCCUCACAACGAUGGGGGGUGCCAUUUUUCUCUCUCUCAUCAGCCAUUUUUCUCUCCCCUUCGAUGCCCUCACUUGUUUUCUCUCUCUUUUUAAUUUCUCCGCACUUGGGGUUGUCUCUGUAUUCGGAAGAGGAGUUCCAAUUAUCAUUACCCAAACUUAUACUGUAAUUUUGGGGAUCAUAACUGCUGCUUGGUUCACCCAAUUGCCUGAAUGGACUACCUGGGUUUUGCUGGUUGCUUUGGCAGUUUAUGAUUUGGUGGCAGUUUUAGCUCCUGGUGGUCCAUUGAAGAUUCUAGUGGAGUUGUCUCAAUCAAGGGAUGAUGAUCUUCCAGCUUUAGUUUACGAGGCAAGGCCUACUGUUUCUGCUUCUAACGGCGGAGGAAGAAGACAUGGGGAUUUAGGGCUUUUGGUUGGUGGGGUUUCAGAUAAUUCAUCGGUGGAGCUCCAGAAUUUAUCAAGAAACGUUGGAAACCGUUCAAACGAGGAGGAAAGUACAGUCGAGGAUGUAAGAGAGAGAAUGAGGAAUGAAGGGGAAACAAUACCGUUGGUGGCAGAAAAUUCGAGUGAGAUUGGCGUGAUAGAUGAAGAGAGGUCAUCCCUUAUGGAGAUGGUAACGAGAGAUGGUGGUGAUGGUAAUGAGGAAGGCACAAGUGCAGGUAUCAAACUAGGGUUGGGGGAUUUUGUGUUUUACAGUGUUCUGGUGGGUAGAGCUGCAAUGUAUGAUCUAAUGACAGUAUAUGCUUGUUACCUUGCUAUUAUAUCAGGGCUUGCUUGUACUCUCAUUUUGUUGUCCGUGUGUCGUCGAGCACUACCGGCCUUGCCUAUUUCCAUUGCUUUAGGGGUCAUUUUUUACUUCUUGACUCGAUUGUUAAUGGAACCUUUUGUUGUUCAGACAUCAACUAAUUUGAUGAUGUUCUGACACAACAACUCCUCCUCGGCCAGAACUACUACAGAAGAUAGUUUUUUUUAUUUUCUUAGAAGUGUUGUGCUGUUUGUUGUAGUGUUUUUCAAGGUUCUAUACCAGUAAACAACAAUGAGAUUUAUUGAAACGUUUACGCUUGUUUUU